CAUUGGGAGCGUCCACUGUGCGAUCUUCGUAUCACCACCCGCUUAGGGCUUGGCCCAAGAGUCCGCUGAAUGCGAAGCCUUGGGGCUUGCAUGUUCGUCUCCCACGAAUUGAGCCCGUGGAUUUCGGCGGGCGACGCUCCCUUCCCCAAAGUCCCCACAAACUGACACCCCUUGGAUCGCAGGGCCGAACAUCGGAGUCGGUGUCCCAUGGAGCCAGCCCAAUCUAGCCCAAUAGACGCAGUCUGAAAGCCACAUGACAUGGUUUACUUCGGCCGUGGUGCUAGUCAUGGAUGGCUUUUUCUAGGCCGGGGCGAGGGCCAAGCUGGUCUGGAUCCAAUCGUUCUCUUCACAGGUGGUGAAGGGAAUUUGCGCCCCUCCUCCUUUCUCAGUCCCUUGGCUGCGGUGUACUUCGACUUUUGCUGGGCGUUGUUUACCAUCAGGCUUGUUGUGGAUCGUUUUCCCGCUCCCAUCGUUUUCCCACGAUACUUUCUCUGGUGUAGUGCAAUUAACUUUGAUAUCUGGGUUUUCAAUUUGCCUGAGUUUGCCUCCCUCCGCACCCCAGAUUUUGCUUAGACUGGGGAAGGUCGUGGAGUUAUAUAAGCCUACUUCCUCG